AUGAAACUCAACGCCUUCUUUUCGGCUCUAGUUCUAGUCCUUCCAACUGUGUUGGCCUCUCCCACCGGUCAGCGUAACAACGGCGGCUCUGGCGCAGGUUCUGGCGGCGACGCUGACGCUGACGCCCCCAACAAGGGCAACGACGGCGGCGGAAAACCCGGUUACGCCUACUCCAGCUACUACGCCCCUGGCGCUUCCUCCUCCGCUUACGUCUCUCCCACCUACACCCACAGCUAUUACACGUCCUCUUACGCGAACUCUGAGUCCCCCUCGCCCACCGACGUCGAGACCGUUGCUCCCCAGAGCUUCACCGAGCCUCAGCCUCCCGCUUCGUCUACCAACGUCGAGACUGUCGCUUCCCAGAGCUUCACCGAGCCUCAGUCUCCAACGCAAUCUCCCAUCCGUAGCACUGUCACACGGACCGAGUAUGUGACCCAUACCAACGAGCCUUCGACGGUGUACCCUCCCGCGUCGACCUCGAGCACCACGGUCACCCAGUACGUCACUCGCACCAACGAACCCUCGACGGUCUACCCUCCCGCGUCGACCUCGACGUACUACCCCCGUCCCUCGACUGUCACCAACACGAGGUCGGUCACCAGUACCCAGUCCGUCACCAACACCAGGACCCAAACCGAAACUCAGACCAAGACCCAGACCCAGACCCAGUCAUACACCAACACCAGGACCCAAACCGAAACCCAAACUCAGACCCAGUCGGUCACCAAUACCAGAACCCGGACUCAAACUCGGACUCAGACCCAAACCCGGACUGUGUCUGCGUAUGCGUCGCCCACCGCCGAGUACAAGAAGGACAAGGGCGACGAUCAGGGUGCUGGUAAAGGCGGGAAAGAUGGUGGUGACGAUGGCGGGGAUAAUGGUGGAAACGAUGGCGAGAACGAUGGUGGGGAUAACGGAGGGAACGACGGUGGAAAGGGUGGAGACAACGACGAUGACAACGACGGAGGGAAUGAUGGCGGAAACGGUGGUCAGAAGGGCGGCGCGAACAACGGUGGAGGCGAUAAUGGUCAGAAGGGCGCUGGAAACAACGGUGGUGGUGAUGGCGGUCAGAAGGGUGGCGAUAACGGUGGUGGGGAUCAAGGGAAUGGCGGCGGGGAUGGUGGUGAUAACGCCAACAACGGUGGAGGAAACCAGGGUGGAAAGAACGGUGGUGGAAAGAACGGCGGAGGGAACGAUGGCGGGAACAUCGGUGGUGGAAAGAACGAUGGCGGCAACGGCGGGGGCAAGAACGACGGAGGAAACGACGAUGGAGGAGAUAACAACGACGGCGAUAACGACAACAACGACUACGGUGGUGGUGAUGGCGGCGACGAGGGUGGAAACGGCGACGGAGACAACAAGGGCGGGAACAACGGUGGAAACAACGGUGGAGGGUAUGGAGAAGGCGAGAACCAGGGCGGAGAAGGCGGUGAGAACAACGGUGGCGGCUACGGUGGCGGAGAGAACCACAACAACGGUGGCUACGGUGGAGGCGAAGGGAAGAACAACGCUGGCGGAAAUGCUGAAGGCGGCCACGGUGGAGGCGAAGGAUGGGGCCACUUCCGCGGUGGAAACAAGGGCGGACGAUGGGGUGGCAGGGGCGAUGAAGGCUAUGGUGGUGGUGCAAACGCUGAAGGCGGCUGGGGCGGAGCCAACGGUGCGAAGAACGGCGGUGGCGAGAACGGCGCUGGCUACGGCGGCGAAAAGCACGGCAACAAGGGACGAAACGAGGGCGGCGCAGGCAACAACGGUGGAGAGGGGAAGAACGGAGGAUGGGGAGGCGAAGGAGGACGGGGUGGUGAAGGAGGAUGGGGCAACAAUAACAACAACAACAACGGUGGUGGUGAAGGUGGAAAGAACGGCUGGGGCGGCGGGAACAAGGGCAAUGGGAACGGCGGAGGAUGGUUCCGAGGCUGGGGCGGUGGAAAGGGCGGAAACGGUGGCCAGAACGGGUGGAGCAACGGCGGUGGUGGUCAGAACGGAUGGAACAACGGUGGUAACCAGAAUGGCUGGAAUAGUGGAGAGGGCGGUGCGAACGGGCAGAAACCUUAG